UCACACAGCUGUAUUCUCUCUCUUCAUUCAUGAAGUGAAACUAUUUUGGUGGCCGACUCCUCUCUUCAGGAUGGAGGCGGUGGCUCUUUUCUCUUUCGAAGCUUCGGAAGCAGACGAGAUCAGUUUCCAGAAAGGGGACAUUAUCAAGGUGACAGAAAUGGAGGAUGAUUCUAGCUGGGUCACAGCAGAGGUCAAGGGGAAGCGUGGCUACGUGCCAGAAAACUACAUUUCUCUUCUUCCUUAUCCGUGGUUUGUAGGACGGGUGUCAAGACUUGAGGCCGAGAAGCGUUUGCGCUGGCAAGACACUGGAGUGUUCCUCGUCAGGGAGAGUGAAUCAGCUCCUGGAGAGUUUUCUGUUUCUGUUAGCUAUGGUGAGAGGGUGGAGCAUUUCCGGGUGCUGGAGGGGCGCGGUCAGUACUGCAUCUGGGACGAGUCGUUCUGCUCCCUGAACCGCCUGGUGGAUUACUACAGAACUCACAGCAUCGGGGUGGAAAAAGUGGUCUUUCUGAGAGACGCUGCUGCAUCCCCUCACCUGCUGCCCCAGCCUGGACGUAACCCGUACCCCAACCCUUAUAAAACAACCUCUCAAGAGUCCCUCCUCUCAGCAAACCUCUACUUUCACCCCCCUCACCCGGAGAGAGAGUCUUCCAAGCGUCUGCACGAACCGGUUGUGGGGAAACCCCGUCUGGCUCAUGCCCUCUGUGACUACACCCCCCCUCACACCGCUCACCUCCACUUCCUGCGUGGGGACAUCAUCGACCUGCUGGAUUGCUCAAGCUCGCUGACCUGGAGGGGGCGCUGUCGAGGCCGAGUAGGAAUCUUCCCGCCAGAAUACGUCCAGCCGCUGUACCACUGACACCAUAUCAAACUGUGUCGCUGCACUCCUCUGUCAGGCUGUAAUGACUUAUCUUUCUUAUACAAUGAUCCGAUCAAACAAUUUGUCCAAAAUUCAAUUAGUCCACAGACACGGAAUGAAUUUACGCACAUUUCCAGUGUUGAUUGACAGCUUUUUCUCAUAAGCAAGUUGUCAAAUACACCAGUUUCAUCAGUGGGCCUACACUUUCAACUACUGUAAUUAUGGCAGGGGUAAAGAUGGGGGUAGGGGCAACAAAGUCCAGUGAGGUCUGUGUGAAUGGAAAGUCAUAAGAUUGGUGUUUGUGUUGCAUGCGAAACCUGGAGUCGAUGUUUAUUUGAUGAAGUUACAUUGCGUAUGAAACAUAGGCCUACAUACGUUUAUGUCAAAUAGACAGUGUAGCCUAUGCUUGUAACAACCACACUGACACAUGCUAAACUCACUUUUAAAGGAUAAAUUGAGAGCUAUAGUUUGAAGUUGCAGGCCACUGACCAAACUGCAGUACUUAACAAAUUGGGAGUUAGAAUAUGGGGUGAUUGAAUGGCCUGAAAGUGUUUUUUCUCAGUCAGCUUUGGGGCCACUGUGAAAGGUUGGUAAAGUUUCGGGAACGGCAAGCAUUUUACAACAAAGUCUGUUCACAGUUCUUGGCAGAUUCUGCUGCGUAUGGGGAUAAACCGUUUUCUAAAGCCUUUUGAAGCUCCACAGGGAGCUCUGCAAAAUCUUAUAAAACUGCCUCAAGUUUACUGCAGUAUAACUUUUUAUACCAUUGAUUGGACUGCAUUUCUUACAUAAAGGGAAAUAUACAGAUGUUACUUAUGUGGGUUACAUAUUUGACUUAUAUCUGACUAAUCAGUUAAUCAAAAAAAUAAUUUUCAUAUUAAUACAUAGAAAAGAUCAUUUGUGCAGCUCUAGGGUGAAUCCUGACAACUCGUCCUCUGAGCAGCACUUUUCACCAAUAGCUCCUAUUAAAAUGCUUUAUUAAAAGUGAAACUUAACUCUAUGUUUGCUUUGUUAGCCGUCAUGUUUUUGCCUCUAACUUCCUCCUUAGUGAAUGUAAGUAAACUAUACAGCAGCCAAAUAAAGAGUGAUAUUAUCUGAUUAUAAAUACUCUAACAUGCAUUCAUUUUUGGACCAAUACUUGUAACUUAGAUGCACAUAUCUCACAAUUUAUUUGGGAUAUCACAAGAAAGAAACAUCUGAUGGUUGCCAUGAU